AUGCCAAAUAUUCUAUCUCUAAAUGAAGAUGAUUUACCCACAAUACCAUCAUUAAAAACACUUGAUCUGCAAAUAUUUACAGAAUUUGAUAUUCAUUCACUUCAUCAUAUUCUUCAUUGUAUCCCUAAUCUUCAAGACUUUAGUUUUACAUUGAUCAUUGAAUAUCUUGAUACACCAUUUAUUGAUGACUUACUCGAUGAAAAAUAUUGGCAACAAAUAUUAACAAGACAUGUAUCAAAUUUGAACAAAUUCAAUUUUCAUAUGUCUUUUUUAAAAGAUGAAGGAUUAUUCGAUUUAAACUUGGUUCUUAACUCGUUUCGAUGUUUUCUCACACGAUAUGAUAAUUGGCAUAUGGCUAUUAGUCGAUGGGAAACCUUUGAAGAAUUCAUACCCUUUUUUAUGGAUUCUUAUAGAAAUGAAUCACGUGAAUAUGUUAACAAUCUUUCAUCUCUUAUUGAUUUAUCAACCAUUGUGACUUUGAAAUUUGAACAAAGUAAUGAUUUAAGACGAUCACAUGUUGUACCGUAUAUUUUACGGUAA